AUGUCGAAUCAAUCGCCUCCAUUACCCCAGGUCGGGAAGCUUGUCAGCGUUGUCCCGGUUGGACUCAAAGAGGCCGCGCUCGACUCGCCGACUUUCCGUGCGACCACACUACAUUUCUGCGAUCAGAUCGAAUUCAUUGAAAGAUGGCUGGACGGGUAUGCGAGAGCGGCCACGAAGCUCGCUUCCGAGGUUGUGGGGAUAGAGAGUGUAGUGAACAGCUUUCUCUCCUACUCCAAUCCUCUGGUCGUUUCAGAAGCUAUCGUUGACCAUGACUACACACUCCUAGCGAUGAGGAGAAGUGGGGAAGGAUCCAAGGACCUCUGGAACGGAUUAGUGAUGGCUACGAAGAAAAUGGAGUCGCUGAUUGCGGAACCAAUCCGCGUGUUCAUUCACGAGGAUUUGCGACAGUUCAAGGAGAAUCGCCGCACACUCGAGCAUGCUCAAAAACAAUACGACUACCUGCAAGCCCGAUACGCCUCUCAGUCAAAGUCCAAAGAAGCGUCGGCCCUAAGGGAAGAGGCCUUUCAGCUUCACGAGGCUCGAAAGGCGUAUCUGAGGGCAUCUUUGGAUUUCUCUGUGCAGGCCCCUCAAGUGCGCAACGCACUGGACCGACUUUUAGUUCGGGUAUCCUUUGAUCAGUGGCGAGAGUUCCGUGUAUUUCACAAUAACAAUCACUCGACAUUUUCGAAAUGGUCUGGAGAAAUGGACCGCGUCAAGGGCUGGGUUCAUGAAAUGGAAGCGAGUGAUCGUUCAGCCAAGCGCGAACUUCUGUCUACAAGAAAGGAAAUUGAGGAAGCUGCAGAAAUGGUCGCCCGUCCCCCUCGGGAACUGGAGGACUAUUCAACCUCGACUGUACCUUACCUGAGUUCACGACCGCUUUCUACGCUGAACGUGGGCAAGGAGAUCCGGCCAGAAAAGCAAGGAUGGCUCAACCUGCGGACAGUAUCUGGGAGACCAAGCCGCACUGUCUGGGUCAGGCGUUGGGCGUUUUUGAAGAAUGGUAUUUUCGGGUGUCUUGUACAAGGCUCCCGUACUGGCGGAGUUGAGGAGAGCGAGCGAAUCGGAGUCUUGCUCUGUAGCGUUCGACCCGCGUUUCAAGAAGAACGACGAUUUUGCUUUCAAGUGAAGACCAAGAACAACAGCAUCACUCUACAGGCGGAAACCCAAAAGGAGCUUACGGAAUGGAUAGGGGCGUUCGAAGCCGCUAAACAAAAGGCCUUGGAAAACCCGACUAGCACAAGUUUGUCCAUCUCCGGAAAAAUGACCGUUCAGGAUCCAGCUUUCUCAAUUUCUCAGCCUCCUGCACCGGAGUUCACUGCCGAUCCGAGCGAAUCUCUUACGCCCAUACUCAGCGAUGAACCUUCUCACUUUGACAGAAGCUCAACGCUUCCAGUCCCUGAUCGUGACGGCCUUGCCAUGCGAAAUAGCACCGAUGCCACAAGCCGCAGACUCACCGGUUUAGAUAUUGAGUCCUCUGCUCGUGAACACGCCAGAGAUCAUACUUCCCGGAUCAUUCAGAAGUUGGAUAUACACCGCAAGUCAAACAAUGCUGCCCCAAGCUCACCAUCCAUUCCCGGACCCGCAAGCGGGAUUGCUAGCCUUAUUUCUGCCAGCCAUAAUCUGCUGCCCUACGGAGGCGCAGCAGCUACCAGUUUCAAGGAUGUCGAGCGCGGUCGCGGGCGGAGCUCAAGCAAUUUGGAUGACCCGGGACUGAGCCUUGCUCCACGUACACUUGCCAACCCCCCAGCACCCACAAGCAUGAGUAAAGCUGCAGUGGUGGUCAGCAGCGAACGAGGAAUUGGGCUUGGCUUUACCGAUAGUACAGGGGGUAUGCCCAGCGGUAUGAUGGCGAAUCUAUGGGGAACUUCCAACUGGAGCUUCAUCAACAAGUUUCAGAGGGAGCAGCAAUAUACCAACGGCAAUGUGGCCGAGUCUCCAACCGAGGACGGCUCGACAUCGGCGGUCAGUGAUUCUGACAAGGGUAGCAUAACGGCCCGGGCAGAUCCUCCAGACGAGUCUGUGACACCUUGGCAACCUUCGGGACCGCGCCAUCGACAGACUGUAAGCCUUGAUGGAGAAGAUGCGUCCAAAAUCCACCGAACUGCACGCGCAAUGGUCGCAGAACCCGAAUAUCCCAGCGUCUAUCCGCAACCAUUGAGGAUUCAAGACGCUCAAUUCCGUUUGCUGUUCCCUGAUGUCAAGAAAAGCGAACCUCUGGUCCUGGUUUUCAGAGCUACCUGGAGCCCGAACGAGCAACAGGAAUUCCCUGGGCGUGCAUAUGUGACUACUCGCAGCAUCUAUUUCUACAGCCACCACUUUGGCCUGGUCUUGACCACUAGCGCUGCGUUGGAUGGUAUUAAGGAAGUAACUGCCGCUUCGGGACGUGAUUGUGAUUUCCUCUUCCUUCAUUUGAUACCGCCGCUCGGUAGCGAUGUACCUGGUCGAAUCACUGUCAAGACUUUCCUUGAGCCCUUGCGACUCUUGCAGAAACGCCUUAAUUUCUUGAUUCAAGCAUCAAUCGCCGUUCAGCAGAUGACACUUGAGGGUAUCAUCAAAGAACUCCUUAAGAUGGAGAGUGGUGGCCAAGUCCGACAAUCAAGCGCUGACAGCUGGGAAGAAUCCUCGUCUGGAAUUGAUGCCAGGAAUGGCCAUGAUAUUCACCUUCCUAUCUACAUUGACAAAGACCUCGACUUGGAUGGCGGUAAAGGGGGUAGAAACCGAGACCACCCUAGGUUUAGACUGCCAACUCAACCUGUCGAGUACACUCCUCAGGGUGACCUCAAGUUGGCGGUCGAAAAGACUCUCGACGUCAGCCCUAAGGCACUUUUCCACAUCCUGUUCGGCGAUAAGAGUGCCCUCUGGCAACUUUUGCUUCAUGAACGUGAAGCCCAGGAAAUCAAACAGGGUCCAUGGACUAGCACGGAAGCCCGUCAUCUCCGAAGAGACUUCCAAUACAAAAUCCAAACGACGGAUAUCUUGGGACGGUCUCAAAACAAUGUCAUAUCGGAUUACCAGAUCAUCGAUGUGCUAAACGACCAUCUGUGCUACGUGGUCACUGAUAAACGGACCCCGUGGCAUCUUCCUCUUCGGCGCUCAUUCCGCCUUGUCAGUAAAGUUGUGAUUACCUUCGUUGCAAAGUCCAAGUGCAAGCUCGCCAUCUACGUGAAGGUGGAAUGGCUCAAAAAACCAUUUGGCCUACAACAUAUCAUCGAUCAAAGGGCCGGGGGCGAUCUGGAGCAAGAUGCACUGGAUCUUGUGGACUUGGUCAGCGACCAAGUGCGUCGGCUGGGCGCACACAGUCGCACCAAGAAAGCUAUCACCAUCUUCGGCCACGUUGGUCGAUUAAGUAACGUAUCCCAAUUCACAGGUGCGGGAGGCAACUUGAAACUAGAGACACGAAAACGCACCCAUCGCACGAUGCCACACCUCAUGAUGGAGACAGUUCUGUCGUUCCUGGAAAGCGCAUUAUCAUUCCUCAUGCAGUCGUCCUUUGGCCUCAUCGGUUGGACUGUGAAGGCUUUGAACGCGCAUAAAGUGAUCCUGGGUCUACUCGUCGUGAGCGCACUGCUCAACGGCCUAUACACGUCAACGAUAAGUCGAGAGUGGUGGCAUGAGCGGAAUGCAAGCAACUUCAUGGCUCGAAUGGGUAUCCAACCGAAUAUGGUUAUGACGAAAGCCAUCUACCUUCGAGACAUUGAUGAAGCCAUUGCUAAUUCGACCAUUUUGCCUCACGACGGCAACCACAGCACGUGUUUCAGUGCUUUCAAUGAGCAUAGACUUCAGCCCUCAGACCUUCCACUUUCAUUGAGCACAGAGAACGCGCGCGAUGCAGUGGCCAAGAGCGCAGCCAAGCGGUUUUUGGAGACCCGGGAACGACUGGGCGAAUACAGGCAUAAUCUUCUGGUUGGCUUGCGUGUGGUGAACAGUAUUGAGAAAGAGGUGAUCGCGAACGAGUGGCAGCGAUGGCUCCGUGGAGAGGUACGGCGCUGCCGCCAGAUUGAGAUCCUUCUUGGCGAAGGGAAAGAGGCCGCGGGCAAUGAGGCUCGGCAGGCCGCAAAGGUGGACAAGUUAUUCGGCAAGAACGCGGACAAUGUCAAGGAGUGGUACGAUCGAUACUGCACCAGUUGUCGUCAGGAGCAGGAGCAAAUUUCGAGACAGCCCAGUCGGGAUUCACUGGUCUAA